GUGUGCGCAGGCGCACGACUCUUCCCAGGCAGCAUGGCGGAUGUAGCGCCUCAACCAAAAAGAAAGCGAGAACUGGAGGCAGAGGGGGCAGAAGCCCUCAGUACAAAGGAAAAAGAACCGGGCAUUGGAAAUGGCACAUCUGCCUUUGUUAGCCUACCGUUCUCCGGCUUUAAAGUACAAAAAGUGCUGAGGGAGUCUGCGCGGGACAAAAUCAUUUUCCUGCAUGGGAAGGUGAAUGAGGACUCUGGGGAUGGGCAUGGAGAAGAUGCCGUUGUCAUCUUAGAGAAGACACCAUUUCAGUUGGAGCAGGUGGCAGAGCUCCUGACAGGAAGUCCUGAGCUUAAGUUGCAGUUCUCCAAUGAUGUCUACAGCACCUAUCACCUGUUCCCUCCAAGACAACUGAGUGACAUAAAGGCCACUGUGGUCUACCCUGCCACAGAAAGACACCUGCAGAAGUACCUGCGCCAGGACCUCCACCUGCUCCGGGAGACAGGAGAGGACCACAAGAACAUCACCUUACCCCACCUGGAAUCCCAGAGCCUCAGCAUCCAGUGGGUGUAUAAUAUUCUCGACAAGAAGGCUGAAGCUGACCGCAUUGUUUUUGAGAACCCAGAUCCUUCUGAUGGCUUUGUCCUCAUCCCUGACCUCAAGUGGAACCAACAACAGCUCGAUGACCUGUAUUUGAUUGCCAUCUGUCACCGCCGGGGCAUCAGAUCAAUCCGGGACCUGACUACAGAGCACCUGCCACUGCUGAGGAACAUCCUCCACCAAGGGCAAGAAGCCAUCCUGCAGCGCUACCAGGUGGCGGGAGACCGGCUGCGGAUAUACCUGCAUUACCUGCCCUCCUACUACCACUUGCACGUGCAUUUCACAGCCCUGGGUUUCGAGGCGCCUGGCUCAGGUGUGGAGCGGGCCCACCUGCUGGCUGAGGUGAUCGAGAACCUGGAGUGUGACCCCAACUACUACCAGCGGCGUACUCUCACUUUUGCCCUCAGGACUGACGAUCCCCUGCUCCGACUCCUGCAGCAGGCCCGGCAGCCCUGAGCGGAUGAGUGCCUGAGAAGGCACAGGUGGGCAGAGGCAGGGCCAGCAUCAGGUUUUUAUCUCUAAGGGAAUUUUGCAGUGUGUUUUGUAGGCUUUUGGCCUUUUGGCUAAGAUCAGGUUUUUGUACUGGCUUAUCCCUCAAGUGAGAAUAAAGUACUGUCCCAUCAA